AUGUAUCUGCCGAGGAUUCCUGAAACCAUUGAAAUCACUCCGAAAGUGUUGACUUUCUCGAAUUCUAAAGACUCGCGUGCUGAAUUCAAACUGAGGAACAAUUCGGACUUUCAUAUUUCAUUCCUAUCAACACCUGGUAUCAUUCCUAAACCUACAGUUACAAUCGAUUCGGGAAACUUGAAAACAAUUGAAAUUCCAAAACCUCAGGACACCUCUACGAGCAAAGUGACUGUUGGAUGGAUCUCUGUAGACUAUCACUCUUUUCCACUUGUUUUUCCGAUUAGAAUUGUGGAGCAACCUCAAGAAUUGGAGUCCUUAGAAUGCAAAAUUUGUGUCCGUCAAUAUAAUGAUACGGAUCGAAUCCCCCGAGUCAUUCCAGUCUGUGGACAUACAUUGUGCGAGGAUUGUGCAAGGAACAUUAUACGUGGAAAUACACUGAAAUGCCCAAUCGAUAGAAGGGAUGUUAAUGUUGAAGGAGGUGCCAGUAGUCUUCCCCGGAAUUUCGCGAUUCUGGAAACCAUUGAAGAACGGAAUACUCUUUUGAACGUUUCCAUGGGACCAAUCGAUUCUGAACCAACCUAUCCCAGAAUUCCUUGCGUGGAAAAUUCCAGGCACGAAUCAACUGUUCGUUGCGUUAUCUGCGAAGCUAAUUAUUGUAAAUCAUGUUUCAACAAAAAUCAUAAGGGAAGAGUGUUAUCCGCACAUGAUACAAUUGACAUCACAUUCCCACAGUGUACAAACUGCCCGGAUAAAUUUGCAGAAGUGGUUUGCACGCAAGCCGAUUGUUCAUCAGACCACUCACCAAUUUGUCUUCAUUGUUAUGGAGAGUCACACAAGAAACAUCGGUAUGAGACUGUUCGGAAAAACUUGGAGCAAAACCAGAUAGUACUGGACAAUAUCCUGGGGGCACUAGCUCAAAAACUGCGAGAAUUGGAGAUGAUUCCACAUAAUUUAUCAAUUGAGGAGCAAGAGGAUCUUGAAUAUCUGAAGAACAUGAGGAUAUUUGGAUUUCAGAUGAAACAGUGUGACUAUAAAAAACAUAAGAAGGGAAAAUCUUUUGCUUGGUGGUUUCAAGAUGCAACAAAGAUGUGUUUCAAAAAAUAUGGGCAUGAUGUAGUUGACAUUGCCUCGAAAAACGUCGCUUCGGAAACCGAAGACAUUCCAGCUGGGAGAGCGAGUCUUACGAGACCUUCCAAUCUAGAAAUCGCCUCUGAAACUAUUCAUUCAGAAGAGACUUUACCAAUUGACUCACCAACCCCAGAAUCCGUUCGAUCUUCAUUGAUUUUUGGGACAGAAGUGCUGGAUGAAGUGUUAUCAAAUUUGCCGCCUGAUUCUAAACCCUGGAAAAUUGAUGGCGACGGUAGUGAAAAUACACCAGAAAUCAGUCAGCGUCGCAUUGACUCACCUGUUCCUGAAUCCGUACGAUCCUCCAUGAUUUUUUCGGCUUCAGAAACUCAUGAUGAGAAGCCAGUUGUGGAAACUCCGAUUUUAUUAUCUUCCAGCAGUGUUGCAAGUUCCACGACGACAGAUGAAGCGAUUGAACCGGAAGAACAACCUUCAGGCGAGCAACCUGGAGAGCUUUCAGGAUUGGUUCUACAAAAAACGAAUGAUUCUUCUAUCAACCAAGGAGUCCGCUCACGCAUAGAUCAUCUCAAUAAAAUUAAGCAGCAACCAAUUGGCACCAAGAAUUAUGUGAAGACAAAGAUUGCUGCUUCGCUAUCUGCUCAAGACUGUGGCGAAUCAACUAUAAAUGAUUCGAUCGAAAGUUCAACUGCGCCUGCUCAAAAUUCCGGAACUUCGGAUUUCUCUGAGAAUUGUGACUCAGAUCCGGUCACAGAAACAGAACAUGGUGAACUCGGAUUUCCCGUUUCAAAAUCAUCUGAUAAUUUGGAGGAUCGUCAUAUUGCUAAUCAACUUUUAGAUGAAUCUGGUUUUUCUCCAUCUGAAAAUCUAUCGACCUCCCCAGGAAUAGUUCAAGAGCCAUAUCCAGAAUCGCUAAAACUACUUUCGACUCAACAACCAGCCGCAGUUAAAACCAAGGAGACCGAAAUCCAAAAUCAAACAGAAGCUCUCAACUUGACAUCUCUAGAAGAUCCUGAAGCUGAAGACAACUUUAAGUUUAAAAAUAUAAUGGCACGCUUCGAAAAAACAGCACAAUCAGACAAUGGAACCAUUCUAAAUGUGCCAAGACCAGUUAUGAGAGCGAAACUUUUAAUCAACGCAGACCUGGCGAAGCCACAAGAUACGUCCAAUUCGAAAACUCCAGAUGCUGACGUGAACCCCGACAUCAGCAAAACUUCUACCUCUUCCCCUCCUCCUCAACCCGCUCCACGAACAAAACUUAUUCAAACCAAAUUAGUCAGUACCCGAGUUGCCAUGUUCAAUAAUUUCGACAGAUUUUGA